UCCCUUUCCUCCCAGAAAAACCCUUUUCCCUCGACUCUGACAUAAUUAAAAACAAAAACCAAAGAAAAACCCUUAAGAAAAAUGCCAUUCAUAUCGAAAAUCCAAAGGCAAACGGAUUACAAUCGAUUUCCUUCAUCAACUCCCAUUGUCAUCGAUAAUGGCGCUUCCUAUUUUCGUAUUGGUUGGGCAGGAGAGACUGAGCCACGGGUUAUUUUCCGUAACAUUGUUCAAAGACCACGCCACAAAUCCACCGGGGAAACUGUGACAGUUGUUGGUGACCAUGAUACUGCUUUACUGAAACACUUUGAUUGCACCCGUUCAGGCCCUCGCUCCGCUUUCGAUAGCAAUGUUGUUUUUCAGUUUGAAAUCAUGGAAUAUAUUCUUGACUUUGCUUUUGAUCGGUUGGGCGCAAAUGGAUCUCGGAUCGAUCAUCCUAUCCUGAUCACGGAAUGUGUGUGCAACCCAGUUCAGUCUCGCAGUAAAAUGGCAGAACUUCUUUUCGAGACUUAUGGUGUUCCAUCUGUAGCAUUUGGUGUUGAUGCUGCAUUCAGCUAUAAGUAUAAUCAGCAGCGUGGCAUUUGUCAGAAAGACGGUCUAGCUAUCUGCCCAGGAUUUACCACAACUCAUGUCAUUCCGUUUGUUGAUGGGGAGCCUGUAAACAGAGGAUGCUGCCGAACUAACAUUGGUGGAUAUCAUGUCACGGACAAUUUGAAGCAACUUCUUUCACUUAAGUAUCCUCAUCAUAUGGCUAGAUUCACAUGGGAAAAGAUUGAAGACUUGAAGAUGGAACACUGCUAUAUUGCACCUGAUUAUGCUUUAGAAGCUCGAUUAUUUCAGAAAGGGAGCAAGGAAGCUGAAGAUAAAACCAGCUGUUGGCAGCUGCCAUGGGUUCCGCCACCAAUUGAAGAACCUCCUUCGGAAGAAGAGAUUGCAAGAAAGGCUGCUAUAAAGGAAAGACAAGGACAAAGAUUGAGAGAAAUGGCUGAAGCGAAGAGGUCUUCGAGAAUAAAUGAACUCGAAAAUCAAUUGCAUGGAUUGGAAUUUCUUUUGCAACAACUUGCACAAGUUGAAGAGGAAGAAAUCUCGUCUUUCCUUUCAAAAACCGGUUAUGUUUCUAAACAGGAAAUAGAAUCAACUCUUACGAAAGUGUCACAGUCAUUAAGAAAAGCAAAAGGUGAAUCAAAGGUUGAACAAGCUGAAAAUGAGGAGAAGGCAGAUACUUCUACAAGUGAUAAGUAUCCUCUUAUCAACGUUCCUGAUAACAUGCUUACGCCCGAGCAGCUGAAGGAAAAGAAGAGGCAGAUUUUUCUUAAAACAACGACCGAGGGACGGCAGCGUGCUAAACAGAAACGCUUUGAAGAAGAAUUAGAACGUGAAAAGAAAACCCGGGAAGAUGAAGAAAGACGCUUGGAGAAUCCAGAGCUUUAUCUAGAACAGAUGCGUACUAAAUACAAAGAGUUGUACGAGAAGGUUGAGCAGCGCAAAAGACUCAAGAUAAAUGGAGGCCAUGCAAAUGGGAAUAGUUCGGGGGGCGUUGGUCGUGGGGAAAGAUUGAAUGCUGCUCAAAGGGAAAGAAUGCGCCUUCUGACAACAGCAGCCUUUGAUCGUGGGAAGGGUGAGGAUAACUUUGGUGCCAAAGAUGAAGAUUGGCAGCUUUACAAACUAAUGAGCAAAGAUAAUGAUGAUGACGAUGAUGGAGCCGAUGAAGAUGAAGCAGAGCUGGCUCGGGUUUGUUCUAGGCUCCAGGCAAUUGACCCAACAUUUGUCCCUAAACCGGAACCAACACCUUCACAGGCAGCUACCACAGAGGUACCACGUGUUCGCCCGCUCACUAAGGAAGAUUUCCAAGUUGUACUUGGGGUUGAAAGGUUUCGAUGUCCGGAAAUAUUAUUCCACCCCAACUUGGUCGGAAUUGAUCAAGCAGGUUUAGAUGAGAUGACAGGGGCCUCAAUAAGGAGGUUGGCGAGUAAGAAUGAGGCAUUGGAGGAUAGGUUAACCAGUUCUAUCUUUAUGACAGGUGGGUGCAGUCUCUUCCCUGGUAUAAAUGAACGUUUGGAAGCUGGAAUCCGGAUGCUUCGCCCAUGUGGGUCACCGAUUAAGGUGGCAAGAGCAUUGGAUCCAGUUCUUGAUGCAUGGCGCGGCGCUUCUGCAUAUGCUGCAAACUUGCAGUUCCAACAGCAAACAUUCAGUAGGGUGGAUUAUUAUGAGAAGGGAGAGGACUGGCUUCGUCGAUAUCAACUGCGUUACACACUGUAAAUUUAUUUGUGGAUGAAAUUGUAAUGCAUAUAACUCCAACAGCUUAUUCUUAAUAUGUUAUGUGCUUAAACUUUCAACUCCUGGCAUUGGAUGCUAUGCAAUUUAAGAUUUUUGCUUCUCUA